AUGCAAGCUGCAAUGCAUGCGCUUAAACAGCCCAUAGAAAAUAUAACAGACGAAAAAAUAGAAGAGAUAGAAGAGUACAUAGAGAACGAGGAAAGAGUGUACCAGGUGGCAUCAGAGAUAGAGCUCACUCUCUUUUCGUACAUAAAAGAAAAAAGCUGCUCUUUCGGAAAUAUAAGCAAAGAUAUAUAG